CAGGGAGAGAUUGCACCGUGGGAAAACGCGCGCGGCGACCUUCACGAUGCAGAAUGGUGGUGAGGUGGAGCGUUUAACACCACGCUUUGAAACACCGCAAGAUACCAAAAUAUCCCACCUUCUGCUUUUCGCGUCCGACGUCGAGAAACAUGCCUUUCCCACGCUGUUUGCGCUUCCUCAGAAUGACAUCGAGAGCAUCUGGUCGAAAGUGUCAUCAUUCAUCGAGCAGCAGAUGGUGUGUCAUAAGGGGGUACACAUUCCAGGAUUGGGGACUUUCACCUUCAGUGUGCAGAAAGUCGACCGUGGCAAAGGGCAACAACUCAUCCUAAGUCCCAUUUUCUUGCUGGCAGAGAAAUUCAAGCGUGUCAGUGGCAUGAAACAGAGGAAAGCUUCACCUGCUGGUGAGGUGCCGGUGGUGCCGCUGAACUUCAGCCUGCUCUCCAUGGAUGGCCCGUUUGAGCGCGACGUGGUGGAGCGCUGCGUGCGUGAGAGCCUGAUGCUGCUGGUGCGCGUGGUCUCCCAGCAUCCCUCUGCACUGCUUGGCUUCCCCGGUCUCGGCCUGCUGACCUUCCGCCGCGGCCUGGCCUGCAUGCGCUUCCACAGGGCCUUCCUGUGGGCCCUGGACCAGACCUGGGGCCUGGCGCGGCGCAUCCGAUGCAGCAGGGCAGGAGUAAGCAGUUCUGUGGAGCCUGACAGAGUCCAUAGUAGGAGUUGCGGCGCCAAGGAGCGAGAUCUGGCAACCCUCACCCCCUGCACCUCUUCUAUGGAGGUGGGGACGGAACAGCAGCCCUCUGCUCUGGAGACUAAAGGAGGAGGAGAAGGAGAGGAGAAAGCAGAGGAGGAGGAGGAGGAUGAGAAAGGGAAGGAGGAAGAGAAAGAGGAGGAGGAGGAGGAGGAGAGAAAGGAAGCUGGCAACGACACCAUUAACCAACUCCAUAGAAGAGAGACCCUGACGCCGGCUAAAGUCAAUGGGAUAUUUCUGACUGAAGACCUGUACGCCCCACUGGAACUGACAAACAGGUUUGAGGAUGAAGGAGACGGUGAUGAGUAUAAUAAAUGCCUCAGCCCUCCCGCUGACAGCUCCCCAUCUGGGCAGCUGGACACCCCCCCUUCACCACUCUGCACUAAGGAGUCAUGCCAGGGCCUGUGCAUUCUUUGUAAGGCCCGUGCUGUGAAGAAUGUGUCAGGUGACUAUGAGUCUGAAAAGAAAAAGAAGAAGAGGAGGGAGGACGAGGACGAGAGGCUCUAUAUGAGGGCAAGGCUGCAGAUAGACAAGGGCCUAGAACUGGAGGAGCUGGCGUACGGGGAGAUGUGUCGAGAGAAGAUCAGGCGGGCUGCAGCGUGUAACCUGGAGAUGGCCAGAGAACGUCAGGAGGCCGAGCGGCGCGAAGAGAAGUUUCACCCGUCCUACGUGUUCAGGACGCGCACCGACACCCCUCCGCAGCUGCCAAAGCAGAGGCAGUACCAGCACGAACUACAGGACCAGGUCCACUACCAAGGCCAGAGGCAGGGGCUGGACAGGCAGACCAAGGAACUGGUGCACCGGACGGGCCAGAUAGAACUGGCCGAUGAGAUUGCACUGGAGAGACAGCAGCAGGUGCUGAGAAAGGCCAGUGAUGUCAGAUGCUAUCAGAAGGCCCUGGACACACAGCGCAGGGGAAGAUGCAGGCCGUUUGGAAGCACAACGCAGUUGGAGAGGACGUUGAUGUCGAUGUCGCUGGGCGAGCUGGAGACUCCCGAGGUGCUGGCGGAGCAGAGGCAGCGCGCACGAGAGCUGCACCACCAGCAGAUCCACGCCGCCAUCCUCAAGAGGCGCCACGCGCACCACAGCCGCAUCCUGGAGCAGAAGAGAGAGAUACACAUGCUCAGCAGAACCAGAGAGGAGAUCCGAGAGGACCAAGUGACGCGCCACCGUAAGCUGUGUGGGAUGAGAGAGGCCCUGGAUGAGGCCUGGACCAAGAGCAUGGAGGCCAGGCGCCGGAGAGAGCAGGAGGAGAAGGACUUCCUCAGGGCUGGAGGCUGCCUGGUCCUCGACGGGUGUGAAAACUUCAAGUGCUGCCGGCGCUGCACGCGGCGUCUCAGCUUCUCUGGAGGGACCAACAUCUGGAAGGAGUCCCGCUACCAGGCCGGAGCACGCCUCAUGGUCUAACUUCAUAGAUAUACAACACACUACCAGGCUAGAGCACGCCUCAUGGUGUAGGCUCCAUAGAUAUCCAACACACUACCAGGCUGGAGCCCGCCUCAUGGUCUAACUUCAUAGAUAUACAACCCUUGGGUCUCUUUCCAUUACCCUAACUCCCAUCCUCCCUUAUGCUCGGGGCCUCAUGGUGCCGUUGCAAGGUGCCAGAAGUCUAAUUCAAAGGUCAUUUUCUCAUUUACAAUCGGGAUGUUGAAUGGAGAAAAAUCCUCCAAAAGUUAUUGGGCUGGCAGUGGGGAGGCUGACAGUAGGGAGACUACCAUUUUCUCCAUGGAGGCAGCGUGAGGCAACAAGCACAGGCCAAGGACAGGAGUCAGGAUAAUGCACUGUACCCUAGACAUCCUAUCCACUCCAAAACAUAGCAUCCCUGUACCAAGAUGGCGGGCACAAAAGGCUAGCCAUACCAAAAGGUUGAACCUGUCCUCUAGUUUUCUAGAUCUAUACUGUAGCUCUCAGCUGCCUUCUUCAAUUUAACUUCCUUUUUAUCUUCAGUGUUGUGUAUUGCAUUCAAAUGCCAAGCUCUUGGAGUAAAGACAUCAAAAAUUUGCAAAAGCAUGUUUAUUUCUUAUGUUGAAUAUAUUCCCUUCAAAGUUUUUUUAGCGUCUUGAAAAUGAAAUGACGACAACAACAAAAACAUUCCCCAAAGUACAAUCCUUCUUAGUGCAUUAAUAGUCAAGCAAGUUCAUCAUAGUCAUCCUAGACAAUCUUGGGCUUUUUUCAUUGGGCUUCUAUCUUUAAAUAAAAACGGAUGACGUUUUAACCCUGUGCUCAAAUGAAAGACAGACACACACACAGACACACACAGACACACACAGACACACACACAACUGUGUGGUCGUCCCACUAUUCUUAUGCCCAUUUUUGUUUUUGACUUUCUCAGUAACUUUGGCCAAAAUAAGAACAAAUUCCCUAUUGUACUAAAACACACUCAAAGCACGGGAGAAGAUUUACACAAGAUCACAACAAAAUAUAAAUUUGGUUAACCAUGAAUUCUACCAGUAGUCUUUUCUGACAUUUGAACAGUAACUAAUGUCCUGUCAGUGAUGUGCUGAGACUCAUAACUUAGCUACCCAUUCAAAAAUCUCUGCGCAACUUAGUCCAUGUACACUUGGGAGUGCUGUCCGUUAUAUAAUGGCAAUGGUACUAAAACAAUAUUGAUGAUAAUCUAGGAAAUGCGGUUUCAGGCGUCAUUUACCAUUUUAAAAUAAAGCACAUGUACAAUAUCUCUGCUUACAAAACCGGAGUGAGGAGCCAUCGUGGGUGUACAAGUACCAAGCAAUACAAAACCACCACAGCUGACUUUCAAAAUUCUAUAAUGAUGGCAAAAAGAUAUGACCAGGAUUGCUUUUUACCCCUAAACUGCCAGGUUCAGCCUAUCAAAAUGUGUGUACACGAGUGUGUGUAUGCGAAUGUGUGUGUGCAUGUGUCUGAGCACGAGUAUGAGCAUCGGAGGAUGUCAUGUCAAGUGAUGAUACAGUUCAUGUCAUUUUGGUACAGGCCACAAGGGGCACACAAGAGCACUUGACAAGAGGGGUGGUGGAUCUAGUACAAAAAUGUCAUACAAAAAUGUUAUACUGACUGCAGUAAAGCGUUGGAUUAUGGGCUGGCUAGUCUGACGGGAUAAGCUACAGCUCAAAAAGAUGCAUGUUGUAGAUACACUAGUCUCGUAGAGUGACAUAGCUGGGGGACAGAUGAGAUAAAACGAAAAGAGCAAAAAGAAAGUCAGCGGGACAAAGUCUCGUAAAAGAGACGAAAAACAGACAUCCUGCUUCCUUCAUAUGUGGCACAUUAAUCCUUGGUGUUAAACUGUUUGCGGAAAAUUGUACAGUUCUUAGCCAGAGUGAAAAGAAAAAAAAGAACUUUCCAGUGACUCACUUCUUCCUCUCUCCCCGACUCCCCCAACCCCUUCACCUUCCUCAUUAUGCUCAGGUCCUCCCUUCACUAGCCAUCCUUCCUACUAAAGACGAGUGCACAGAGAAUGAGAAAGAGAAAAAAGAAAGACACAGAGAGAAAAAAGAAAGACA